CCAGAGGAGGGCGGUGAUGGUUUGGUGUGUUUGGAGCAUUAAAUUCAGCCUCCUGGCGGUCAGACAGCGUCACUGAGCGUCCGUGUAGACGCGGCUAGCUGCGGCUAACUUCAGCAAACUGUCAGAUAGAGCAAAGGUUAAGAGAGGAGCCGCUGAGCGUGAACUUUGCCACAGUGAGCAGUGAACGGACAGAGUCCAGUUGUCUCUGCAGACAUUUGAAGUGCGAACCGAAGCUGCUGCGAAGUCAACAUGAGCUCCAGGAAAGUGGUCGAGCUGUUCUACGACGUGGUUUCUCCUUAUUCAUGGCUGGGCUUCGAGGUUAUGUGUCGCUACAGAAACGUGUGGAACAUUGAUCUCAAGCUGCGUCCUGCGUUUCUUGGUGGCAUCAUGCAGGGAUCAGGAAACAAGCCUCCUGGUGUGGUUCCCAACAAGUUUAAGUACAUGGGCCACGACCUCCGCCGCUUGUCAGAAUACUUUGACGUUCCUAUGCAGAUGCCGGCCAACCCGUUUGAAGCCAUGUUUGAAAAAGGCUCGCUGCCUGCGAUGCGAUUCGUGACUGCAGUUCAGGAGAAAGAAGGCGACAUAAAGAUGGAGAAAGUUUCCCGUGAACUGUGGAAACGAAUCUGGAACGAGGACAAAGACAUCACUCAACCCGCGUCGCUGUCGGAGGCGGCAGCGAAAGCCGGCCUGUCUGACAGCGAGAUUAAAGAAGCGCUGGCAGCGUACACGUCCCAGAAGGUCAAAGACAAGCUGAAGACCUCCACGCAGGACGCUCUGGCUCUGGGGGCAUUCGGCUUCCCCAUGUUGGUUUGUCACGUUAACGGAAAGCCGCAGAUGUUUUUUGGGUCGGACAGAUUUGAGCUCAUGGCCCACUGCAUCGGAGAGCAGUGGCUCGGGCCCAAACCCGACAAAGCAGCUUCCAAACUGUGAGGUGAAGAGUCUCGUUAAUCUGCUCACAGAUUCUGGCCUUUUGGUUCUCUAUAACACAAAGAACACCGCAUUUCCUCUGCUGUGCCUUCAGGAUAGUCUUUCUGCAUUAAACAUUCUAUAACGACAGUUAAUUUUGCUUCUGUUUAAAGGAACUUUGACAGUUUGCAGAUAAAUCAGCAGAUUUUUUUGCAUGCCGACGAAUGUUUCUGCUGCGUAUCACUAAAGCUGACUUUGCUUUAAUCAGAUGACGCUUUUUCUAGAGUCUCCAGAUUAAAAAAUGAAAAGGAAGCAGAAAAAAUUCACAUUUAAGAAUCUGCAAUCACAGAAUUCAGACAGUUUUUAUUAAAAAUACUCAAACUGUCAAAAUAGUUGGAGAUCAAUUAAAUACUUGACAUGAAAAAUGAUUAAAUCUGAGCAGCUCUGUCGACAUUAAUCCUCUUUAUUCAUGUGGAUUUGUUGGUCCUCUGCACUGAUGAAUGUCGUCGGUACAUGUGAGGAACAGCUGAUCACGUUUCUCCAGAUUAACUUUUGCUGUAACUCGAACUCCAACUAAUGAUCAUUUUCUGUAUUAAUCGAUUAGUUGAUUGGUCAAUACAAUGUUUGUUGUCAUAGUGGUGGAAAUAAAACAGAAAAUAUUCACGCUUCAGCAGCUGAAAUUACCA